AUCCAGGCCAUGUAGGCUAUGAUAUAGAAAUAUUAGAAGAAGAAUGAAGUAUAUAUUUCAAUGUUUACUAGUUAUUUGCUUUAAUAUCUUGUUCAAAUAACAUUUAUUUUAAUUAUAUUUCUAUAUAAUUGAUAUGGAACAAAAAGUCGUUAAGGAAGAAAUUGAUAUAAACGACGAUUUUGUUUGGAGUAUGGACAUCAAACAAGAAACAAGGGAGGAAGAACCUACAACUUUUCAAAAUGUAAUUAAUGAAAGUGUUCUUCCUUUAAAACAAGAAAUUCAACCAUGUGCACAUGAAAUAAGUGCUUGUGAAUGUAAUCAUCGAUGUCAAAUCGGUAAUUUCCAUAAAAUGACGGACAUUAGUGUACAAUAUUUGAAGACAAUCAAUUUUUCCUCACUUUCUGUAGAAGAAAAAAUAAAAAUUAAAAGUAUUGGGCGUCCGAAACCAGGUGUAUUGAUUACGAAUGUAACUAAAUGUAAAAGUCGUGAAUAUAAACGUACAUUUAAAACAGAAACUUAUGAAAAAACUGACUGGUUGUGCGGGUGUGAUGUGAGUAAUAGCCUCUACUGCUUUCCGUGUUUAUUAUUCGGAAGCGAUGAGACGUCAGAAUGGAUAAAAUCUGGCGUUAGAGAUCUCAUACAUUUAUCAGAAAAAAUUAAAAAACAUCAAAAUUCUAAAUCCCAUUUAUCUGCUAAAUUAGAAUAUAAUUUAUUAGGUAAACAAGAUAUUCGUCAACAAUUGAAUAGUGCAUAUAGAUCAAGCAUUCAAAAACAUAACGACCAAGUGAAAAAUAAUAGGUAUGUCUUAUCUAAAAUUAUAAACUGUAUAAAAUUUUGUGGUGCAUUUGAGCUUGCUCUCCGUGGACAUGAUGAACAGGAAGAUUCUGUGAAUCCUGGCAUAUUUAGAGGACUUAUAAAUUUUUCUGGAGAACUGGAUUUAGCACUGAGGGAUCAUUUGCAGCAAGCUACAGUGUUUAAAGGUACAGCAAAAGAUAUUCAAAAUGAUUUAUUGGAGUGCAUGCUUUCUGUGUGUCAAGCACAUAUCAAAAAAGAAAUUGCCGAAUCAAAAUUUGUAUCCAUUAUGAGUGACGAAACAAGUGGUAUUUCCAAUGUUUUCCAAAUGGUUAUAAUUUACCGUUAUACUUUACCAAAUGGCAGUCCCAUUGAGAGAUUUUGGACUUUUGUAAAACCAAAUGAAUAUGAUGCUGUUGCCUUAGUUAAUUGCAUUGAAGAAGCAUUAAAUUAUGUUUUAAGAAAUCCCGAUCAGUUGAUUUCCCAAAGUUAUGAUGGAGCAAGUGUUAUGAGUGGUGUUCAAAAACUUAUUAAAGAUAAAUUUAAAUAUGCCCAUUAUAUUCAUUGCUAUGCUCACCAAUUAAACUUGAUUAUGUCUCAGGCAACAAGCAUAAAUAUGAAUGCACGUAUCUUUUUUGCUGAACUGACUGGCAUUACCAAUUUUUUUUCCAACUCUCCAGAAAAAGUUGCCAUAUUGGAUGAAGUGGUUGGAAAUAGAGCAUCUACUAGCAGAUGGAAUUUCAAAAUUAGAACAGUUGUUAAUAUUGUAUAUGAAAACCGAGAUUCUCUUAUACUCUGUUUGGAAAAAAUACAAUCGAUUUCUAGACAAUCUGAUACCAUCACAAAGGCAGGCGCACUUUUAAGAUUAUUGUAUGAUCCAAAGUUUAUUUUUUGGUUGUCAGUUUUUCAUCGUAUAAUACCCCACGUCAAUAUUUUAUAUUCACAGCUGCAAAAAGAAGCUACUGAUUCGGUAACUGUAAAAAAAUGCAUUACUGAGUUUGAGCAAAAUAUUCAGAAAGAACGAUGUAAUUUACAUACUAUUGAAACUGAGUUAGUAAACAUUGAUGGCAGACAAGCUAGAAAAAGAAAAAAGCCAGAUGAGAAACAUUCUUAUGUUACUAUGGUUGGGCAAGCUAAGGAGGUAUGUGACACUAUAAUUGCAGAAAUCAAACAAAGAUUUUCAUUUACUGGCCAUUUGGAAAUAGCGCACUUAUUUUCAGUGGAAAAUUUUAAUACAUUUUCAAAGAAUUUUCCUGUAAUACACCUAAAUUCAGCAAUUAUGAAUUUUCCUUUUUUGAACAAAGAUAAAUUGAAGACCGAACUGGAAAUAAUAUACAGAACAUCAGAUUUUAGAGAAGUUUCAGGAGCAGUCCAUCUACUUAAAUUUUUAAUUGAAAAUAAUUUGCAAGGAGAUUUUUCAGAGACAUUUUCAGUGCUACAAGCAAUUGUUACAAUGCCCAUGACAACUGCAGAAGCAGAACGUUGUUUCUCCACAUUAAAACGAAUAAAAACUUUUCUUAGAAGUACAAUGGGUGAAAAUAGGUUAACUGCUCUCGCAAUGUUAUCCAUUGAGAAACAAAUGAUUCAAGAGAUCCCGAAUUUUAAUGACUUGGUUAUUGAUAAAUUUAUCUUGAAAAGGGACAGACAUAUUGAUUUUGAAUUCAAAACGUGUUUGUGAAGUAUAAAAACCAUCCCUGUAUCUACAAAGCCAAUUUUAUGACCAGAUCAAGUACUCAUAAUCAGGUUUGGUAGGGUAUAAAGGAUAUUUUUGAGCAAGGUCAUUUGGCAUUCAAUUUUUUUCACCCCAAUGUAUUGAACCAUGCACAAUUAAAGAAUUUACGAUUGUAUAUAAAAUAAAGAAUUGGAACUCCUAUAAGAUUAAUAUACACAAUUCUGGAAAUAAAUUGGAAAGUUUGAUAGUUGGACUUGAAAUGCGAACUAAAAAGGUUCCCUAAUUGCCAUGAAUGUUUGGGUUCUACCUGCACUCAACUCAACUAACUGAUACUAUCUCUAAGGAUCAUUUUUUUGGGGUUGAAAAGUAUGAAGAGGAUAUUAGUCCAAGCUGCAUUCCAACAAUAUUUCCUCCUGUAUAUAAAAGACCGAAUAUUAAUGAAAAGACAUCAAAAAACAGGCUAAGAAUAGUUGAAAGAUCAUAUUACUAUAAAGACCACUGACACUAAAAUAAUUCCACAGCGUGCUGAUAUUAUUGUGAGUUCUGUAACUGAUGUCAUAGACCAAUGUGAACAAGCUGAUGAAGGAUGCCAAGUAGAUUUUCUACCAAAUUCCAAUCAAAUUGGAAAAACAUUUACCUGCAGUAGAUAUAUGUAUGUGGAUGAUAACAGAAGUGAUGCUGAGAUUCAGACAGAAAUAAUAGAAGCGAAAACUCAAAUUAUUAUCAAUCGGAAGAAGUACAAGGACAAAGCAUGUAAUACGACAAUUAGAGAUUUUAAUACCCAAUCAAGUGAAACAACAGAUAACAUUUUAUAGGCGUUGGAUAAAUUACUAGAAAAAAAGUUAUUCUUUAUAAAAACUUCUGCAUGGUCCAAAAUCUGAAAUUCAAUCAUCAGAUGUUAAAUUUUUUCAGUCGUAUACGAAGUUUGUCAAAAAAUCUGAUUUUUGCUUUCUUUUUGACAAUAUCGAAAAUUGUUAUAAAGAAAAGAUGUUUAGAAUUAAAAAUAGCUUUCAAAUAUUCAA